AUUUUAACAAAUAGUCAAAGCCUUGCCGCAAAAAUUGUUUUGUAAUUCAAAAUUUAGGAAAAGGAAUAUUGAAAAAAUUCAAAAAUGGCCCUGAAUUUUAGCGCGCAGCAGUUCGAGAACCGAUUUGAGUCGAAGCGUCUCAACAAUUGGGAGUAUCCGCGAUUUUCCCCACCCCGCCCACGAGGACUACAGAAAAACGCCAAGGUGCUGGCGGCCAAAAACGGACAUUUACUGCCCGGAGUUAAAAAGGAGGGCAACUCCUUUGGGCAAUAUCGUGGGACCUUUGCCCUUCCGCUGCGCAUAACGCGCAGCUUUUGCGCCCACUACGAUGCCUGUCUGAGUGGGCGGUACAAGUUCGCGGCCUUUCCGCGCGACCUUUGCAGCUGCCAGCGGGAGAACCGGAGGGCGCUGGCCUGCGACCAGCGGAUGACCUUGGGCCAGGAGGGCGAUCCCCGUUGGAUGCGCCCCAAUUGCCAGACCAAGUGCGAGGCCCUCCGGCAAAUUCAGGACGUGCUCGACCGUAGCCAGCGCUACAAGCGCACCAAGUGCCAACUGGUGCCCGAGAAGACCGUAAAGAUGCCACCCAAGGCUUUCUUAGCAGCCUGUGCGGCGUCCGGAAAAAAACGUCGAAGACGCACUGUCACCGCUUUUUCGAAAACACGACCUGCUAUAUAUGCCAAUGAAUCCGCGGCCUCAUAUGAAAAUCGCCACAAGCCGAAUCCACCUCCUGAGCCAACGACUAAGGACAAGAAAAAGGUUAAGGACACGGGAAAGGAUAGGGAUAAAGAUAAAGAUAAGGGCAAGGGCAAGAGCAAGGACAAAGGCAAAGGCAAAUAGAAGAUAAGGAAAAGCAAGGAAUCUAAGGGCCAACUUAUUUGGAGUCUAUAAUAUUUUGGAAAACCGAACGACAAAUAAAUUAUUAAAUCACA